UAUCAAAACCGGAAGUCCACCAUAAUAAAUUUGGAAAAGUCAGAUAAGAGGAAUUAUUCGUCAGGACUGCUGGAUUUUUCGGCGCCAUGACGAUCUACAAGGUCAUCCCACAAGACAAGAAGGAAGAGAAGAAACUUGCGGAGAAAGACGUGCUAACUGUUCCUUUGACUGAUGCAGAGAAUGUAGAGCCUGUGCAGGUCAAUGUUCGACAGCAGCGGUCGAAAACCUGGCUGAACCUGUUCCUGAUCCUCAUAGCUCUGCUAGUUCUGGCCACAGGAGCAACUGCUGGUUAUUACUUGUACAAGAACCACAUGUCUCCAAACAAGCUGAAGCAUGCCAAGGGACGAUGUUCCUUCAUCAUGAGGAAGACCGAGGAUGACCCCACUUCUCAAAUGCUCCAAGACACAAACAGUCUGCAGAGGAUUGAUGAUGGUGGCCUGACUGGUCCUGACCAGAAUCCAUCUCGCAAACACCACCACCGUAAACAUCGUAAACAUCACGGCCCAUUCAGCACUGUCAAAAUGGAGGAGGAGAUUGAGGUCACUGACAACAUCUUCGAACGAAUCAGCAUGCCCCAAAUAGAUGAUAUUCUCAAAUCUCUCAUUCUGCACGACUUUGAACGGAACAAGUCUGCCAUUGUGGAUUACCACGACAGAGUUUGCUAUGUGAUGAAUCUGAACAGGAAUGAGGUGUCGCCUCCCAAGAAUCUCAUCGACCUCCUCAAUAAAAUCAACUCUGGUUAUUACCUGCCCCGAGCACAUGUCCUCAGGAGGAAGUACAGAGUGAUGAGCCCUCCCCUGCAGAAUAUUGCCUACCUAGGACCCUACAUUGUCAACGAGUGCAGCAAUUACAAGACAUUCCAGCUGAUGAGGCUGGCAGGAGAUGAUGAAAUGAUGGGCAAGUGGAUUGUAAAGAGAAGUGCCGGAGAGGUCCUACAAGAGAAGGUAUACGGUUACUAUGACGAUAUGAACCAAGCCUUGUUUAAGUACAACAUCUAUCAACCAACCGUGGAGAGUUUCUAAGUGGGAGAGUAUUAGCAGCAGUGUCACAGUGUACAUAUAACCCCCAGACAAUGGCCAGCAUCACACCAUAUAGCGAAUCUAAUCACGGAGCUACACCUGUAACAUGGGACCUUCCAAGGCGUUCGGGGUCAACCAUCUGUUGUAGUUGUAAAGGAACGAAGCCGAGGAUGAUGUGAAAGACUCUGCUUGUAAUCUUCACAAUAAAGGGUCGCUUCAGAUUAAAAUCCGGAGGAUUCUAUAAAGCACACAUUUGUCCUGCUGUGUUGUAUUUAGACUCAUUCUUGUACUAAGACAUCUAUAAUUGGUCAUUGUUUGUGUAAUUCUAAACAAAGAAUCCUACCAGAGAAGUCACAAGACACGUGUGAGUGGGUUAUGUUAGAGAGUGAGAGUCCAUGGUCAGAUCAUCAUAGGAUUUUGUUUUUUCAUAUUUGAAUAUUUGUUUUUCAUUAUAAGCAGUUCAUGUGCAAAUGUAAAUACAAAUUUAUAUUGAUAUACAUGUACAUGUAUUCUAGAACUGUUUCCAGGUUUUGCAAUCGGGCAAGUUUUGCUCAAAGGAAGAAACUUAUUUUUGAUUGCAGUGUAGUUUAUGUAAAAAAUUAUCACAAAAUUUAGGUUAAAAAAUGAAACCAAGUUUCGUGUAAAUGACAUUAUAAAAAGUAUCAGAAGAACUAGUAUUCGAUAAAGAGUGAGCCAAAAAAGGUGAAGGCCUUUAUAGUUUUGAUGGUAAUAAACCAGUGUGGUUUGGAGCUUUCUACCCCUGUAGAACAGGAGAAUGGAUUAAAUAGUGUAUUAGUGAGAUAAAGAUAUAUUUAUAUAUAUAGAACCCAGUAACACCAUUGUAGUGUAAAACUAUGUGUAGCAAGCAAUCAUGUUGUUACUCUAACAUUAAGUGUUCUGUUUGGGAUGAAACAAAUACUGUGGACAAUGUUAUUGGUAUUCAAGGAGCAUGUAUUUCCUCUGCAAGUUGUCUCCCUUUUAACACACUCUCUUGUCUCAAAUUUCCACUCGGUCCAGGCAUCAGUACACGAAUAACAUCAAUUCAUUGUCAAUGAUACUCCCUUAAAAUUACAGAUUAAUUGCCUCGGCAGCUUUUUCAUUCACCGAUUAGCAUGAAAAAAUAUUUUAAAAAUUUGAAUUAUUAAAAAAAUAUUUGUCUUGCAGUUCAUUCAAAGUGGUAAAUGGGGGCAAUGUUUUAAAAGAAUCUGUGUCAUAUUUUCAUGGUUUUUUUUAAUCUACCAUAUUUGAUAUGUAUCACUUUGUAUUGUUUAAGUGUGUGCUUUGAAAUUGUCAUCAAUUUAAAUGGAAUUGCAAUCAUCUUUUUUUUGUCUAUGAUGAUAGGUCAAUUGGAAAGCCUUCGGACCAUUUACUAUAAAAUCACAUCAUUUCAAAGAGCGUCUGUUUGUUUGUCAAUGUGAAUUGUAGAAGUCCCCACCUAGAAUGUAACCCUGUCAUCAGUAGUGUUAUUCAGUAUGUAGAUUUCCAAAUGGUACAUACAUGCUAUUUAUACAGUUUUAAUAACACCUUGUAUUUGUUUGGGACACAAUUUCCUUGACGUUUUUGUUCUUUGGAGACAAGGGGAGAAGUUUGAUUUCUCUGUGAUUAGAGCUCUGUUUACUAAGUAUGGGGUCAAACAUAACAUUUUAAAUGGAAGAUUAAUUUAUAUGGAAGAUUAAAACAUAUUUUUGUGACGAAAACUGAAAUAAUGAUACACUUACAAGAGAAGAGGCUGGAGAUAACCAGGAUUAUUUCAGUAAGAUUUUUAAAGUUUUGAAUAAAGUACGUGCAUAGCAUAAACUACUUUGAAAUAUUUUUUUACAUUUAUAUUUUUUUGCCAAUUAUUCCUGACAUCUGAUGUAAGGGAGGUAAUGAUUAUGGCUUGUAUUUGAUGGAAGAAGGAAGAGUCAGAUGAGCGAAGGACAGGAUAAGUAGAGGUAUGAGACAGGAGAGCAGUAGAA